CGGUUCCUUUGUGCUUGGAUGGGCUGCAGCCCCUAAGAGACGAUGGAGCCUGGCGCCAUGACCGAGGCGGGAGGCAAGACUCCAGGAAUGGAGACCAGAAAGCUCAUAACAGCAACAGACAACCAGUAUUCUGGUAUUCUGUUAAAAGCUUUGGAUGAACAGCGAGGCCAUGGUUUUUUUUGCGACGUUACCGUCAUUGUGGAGGACCGAAAAUUUCGAGCCCACCGAAACAUCCUUUCAGCCUCAAGCACUUACUUUCACCAGCUCUUCUCAGUGGCCGGGCAAGUGGUUGAGCUGAACUUUAUAAGGGCAGAGAUCUUUGCGGAAAUCCUCAACUACAUCUACAGCUCCAAAAUCGUCCGGGUGAGAUCAGACUUGCUCGAUGAGUUAAUUAAGUCGGGGCAACUGUUGGGAGUGAAAUUCCUGGCUGAUCUGGGUGCUCCUCUGCAGCAGGUCAAGAGCAUGUCUGGGGGUGCCAAGCCCAGCCCUUCAGAACAGCCUGACUCGGAUGCGAACGGCCUUGAAGCACCAAAGCCCCCAGUGCAACCGGAGAGUCAAAAUGUCAUUACGGGGCAGCCUGUUAUAACCGAAUCGUUUUCACUGUACGGGGAGGAGUGCGAUGCCACCAAGAUCACCAUUAGUGAUUCCGAUGACGACGAUGACGACGUCAUCUUCUGCUCGGAGCUUGUGCCUCCAAAGGACCGUUCUCUGGAGGCCAAAGUGGUGAUGCAGAACCAGCCUUGCCCAAAUCCUGCAGGGGCCAAUGACCAAUCAAACAGUAGCAGCAGCGGCGGCUCGCCUCCUCAGUCAGCUGCAAUGGCAGCUCCGAGGCUCGAAGUGUCUACUGCUCCAUCGAAUCCGACGGAAAGCCAAGUGCCUGCUGAACUGCCUGCCCCCUCUGCUCCAAAGUCUGCCGCUCCUAAAGUCCUGAUGUUAAGCCCACCACAGAUCAGCGCUUCGCCGGACGUUGGCUCAUCGCACGAAAUAGAGGUGUCUCCAAUACCCGAGGAGAAUCAGCAGCCGUCCAAUAACGAUUCCUUAACUGACAUGGAAACGAAUGCUAUUGAUGAGGAGGAAGAGGAGGAAGACGACGUGGAAGAUGAUGACGACAUCCUUGGCUCAUCCAGCCCAGGCUCAGCCAGCAGCAGCUCUCUCGUCCAGCAACCCACGACCCCUAAGUCUGCUGCUGCUGCUGCUGCUGCUGCUACUGCUGUUGCCACCUCCUCCUCUGCUGCUGCUGAUGUUGCAGGAGUACAGAAGAAGCCAGGGGUUAGCUUUCCGCAAGAACCCGUCUCCCAGCCUGGAGAGUUCAAAAUAAAAAUCUCGGAUGUUCUUUCUGGCAGCAACAAGGAUGCUCCAGCUGGCGUGGCGCCAAAGCACAUCACAGAAGGCCAGAAGACCAUCACUUUAGAUACAGCUACUGAGAUAGAAGGCUUGUCGACGGGCUGCAAAGUUUACGCAAAUAUCGGCGAAGAUACCUAUGACAUUGUCAUUCCAGUGAAAGAUGAGGCUGACGGAGAAGUCCGGCUGGACGAUUUGCCCAGAACGUCGGGGGAUGAUCCUGCAAACAGAAAGCGCCUGAAAGUAAAACACGAUGACCACUAUGAGCUCAUAAUGGAUGGAAAAGUCUAUUAUAUCUGCAUUGUAUGCAGGAGGUCGUACGUUUGUCUUACAAGUUUGCGGAGACAUUUCAACGUCCAUUCCUGGGAGAAGAAAUACCCGUGCCGCUACUGUGAGAAAGUUUUCCCGCUUGCGGAAUACCGCACCAAGCACGAAAUCCAUCACACUGGGGAGCGGAGGUAUCAGUGCUUGGCAUGUGGUCAAUGUUUCAUCAACUAUCAGGUCAUGGCUACGCACAUAAGAUCCGUACAUAGCCAGGAUCCUUCUGGAGAAUCCAAGCUCUAUCGUUUGCAUCCUUGUAGGUCUUUGCAGAUCAGAAAUUAUGCAUAUAUAUCAGGUAGUUCAAGCAAUAUCCCUAUGGUCAAUGACAAUGCUCUCGUUUAUCCGGUCGGGCCUGUAAAAGAUGCGUCUCAAGAUCCGGCACCGAACCCUCCAGCAAAACCAAUGACCUGGGAUGAUAUCUUUGUUCCGCAGGGAAAUGAAUCGCUUUUUAAACAAAAUCCAUCGGAUGGUAGUACUGAAUUUGAAUUUGUGAUACCGGAAUCUUACUGAAUGAUCUCCGAUGGGAAUGUUUGGUUUUAUAUAUAUAUAUAUGUAAAAGUAAAACUCUUCUUAAAUGGGCUGCUCAAAAAUGUUGUAGAACAUCUCAUGUUAUCUAAUAAGUCAGUGUGUUUUUACCUAGCCAGCAAAGGGUAGUAUUUUAAGACUAGAAUUCCUGUAAUCUUUGAGUGAUCUUGUGAAAGAAAAUUGGUCAGGAAAAUAAACAACUUUACUAGAAUACAGGAAAAACGGCAUUUAGGAAGUUAGGUGUUAAAUGUGCUUGGCUCAUUAACGUGGAUCAAAAUCUGGGAGGUUAUAGUUCAAAAAGGUGUCUUUCCUUUGCAAGAAUGGGACAUGUUUCCAAUAACACAUAGAAUAAGGGGAGUAUUUCUUGUCCCUUGAACUACUUACAAUGUAACCCUUUCAUAUUAGCACUUUAAUGCUGAAAACAGUUUCAUUAUUAACAAAAAAGGGCAGUCAGGUUAGUGUUUUUUGGGGUAUAGCUUAGUUGUUUUUCAAAUUAGAAAUCACUCCUUUAACAUAGUACUGUGAGGGGCCAGUCAUCUUGUCCGUAAAUCAAGUUACUUUGGAAAGGUCCUGAUUCUGGUCUUCUGCUUCAAAAUAACCACUGUAGUUUCACAAAAACGCUCAUCAUGUAGGCUUGCCAUCUUGGAGGAGAAAAGAGACCGUCUGUCUGAGGGAAACUGUACACGUUUUAUUUAUAUUUGGUAAUUAAAAUUAUUCGGUGGCUGGACCAUUGUGUUUUAUCCUUUGACAUCGGAGGGGCUCUGUUACUCAAAAUGCCAAGUGACGUUCAAGAAGAGUAUCCUUCCCCCAGUUUUUCUAAUAAGGAAUUAUUUUGGACCCUCUGCCUACUGAAAGUAUGCUAAUGGUUUGGAUUAAGUUGCUGUUUUUCCAUUUUGCUCUUUAUGGGAAAAGGUUGUGACAAAUAUACUUUGCUAGGUAUUACGACUGAAGGAGUGUAGAAGCUGCUUUCCAAAGCCACACCUUUGCUCCGUAAUUGAGCUUAUUUAUAGUUUUUAGGGAACAUAGUGCAUUUGAACAGCUUCAUAUAGGUUUUAUAUCACAAGCGUUUCAGGCCUCAGGGGUUUUUGGGUUUGUUUGUUUUUAAACAGUGCUUCUUUCAUCCUUGCAAAUUGGUCCACACUUUUAAGUACUUUGGUAAUAGCAGAAAUCCAACUUGAGUAAGAAAUGUUUGUCCUGAAAGUAAACUGGUCAACAGUCAUGUAGUCUAUUGUUUUACGUAAAGUGUCUUGAAUUUUUGUAAAUUAAAAUACGGGGUGGCCAGGGUUUGGGGGUGGGCAAUGUCCUUUAUAGAAGACUGAAAAGGAUUGUGAUGAAUAUAACUAGUUAGAGAUCAAGUGGUUUGUCAUUAAAAUCUCUUUUUUUCAUCACUUUAGGAAUUUUGGUUCUCUUUUUCAUGUUUUCUGAAAUAAAACUUCUGUUGCAUAUUCAAAGCAAUCAUUCCUAAACCUUAAUUUUCUGUCUUUUGGUUUAAAAACACUGCUUUUCUGGCCAGAAAGUGAAGCUCUGUUGUAGAGGAAAUGUUUGAAAGGAUAAUGAUUACAGGGCACUGGAAAUCAGUGUAUGUAGUAAUGAAAGAAAUGUAACUUCAUUUAUGUAGGUGUAAAGUGCAGCUCUUUUGUUCUCUAGGCUGAGAAUACACUCGUUUAACAAAAAAAUAGUUUGUAAAUCAUCUUUUAAAAUUGGCACUUCAUAUUUAAAUCAAUGAUUUGUGAUUUUUUUUUCAUAUAUUUUUUUAACAUUUCCUACUAGUUGAGGUUGUGCCAUCAGGCACAGGAGGCACAUUAAAGUAUUUCCAGCGUUUUAAUGUUUCACUGACAUUUUAUGAGCUAACAAUAUUUGCCCAUAGCAACAGAAGUUGCUUUGUGCUAAAGCAAAGAUGACCUGCCGCUCAUUUGAAAGACAAGUUGAUGUAUUCUAUAGAGAUGUUAAAGCUGCAGUUAAACAUGCUGUCCUUCCAGAAAAUACUGAUUAUCAGCAGUAUCUACUGAGACUCUUAAAACUUAAAAUCAGUGCCUAUUGAAGGUGUCUUUUAUUUUAUUUUUUGGCAAAACUGGAAGACUUGGGUUCAAAGCUGUGUGUUUUUGCUAGAUGACUUGUACCUGCAUGCAUCUCAGGUUCCUAGCAUUUCCUAGGAAGAAAGUUUCAGUAUCCAAAGUGAAGAGUUCUUAUAAAGUGUGUUUAUAUUUUUGAAAUCCGUUGCUUCCAGUAUUUAUGGGGUUGGAGAUAUGCUGGACCCUUUCCGUACCUUACUUUUUUAAUGACACCAUAUUGUUUUUAUAUUAAGCAUCUGGCUGUAGCUUUUAUAGGACAUUUUAUUUUAACUUUAGCUUCCAGUCUCACCUGUUCACCUUUCUGUAAAUAUUAAGAUAUUGGCUCUGGGAAGAAAGCAUUUUCAGUAUGCUACUGUAACCUAAAAAAAUCAUUCGCACAAAAAAGAUAAAUGUUAAUUUGCAGCUUCUAGCGGAAAUGCCUUAGGAAAUCUAGGCCCAAGACUAAAACAACUGUAGUAAUAGUGUCUUGACAUGGCAGUUCAAAACAUGUUCGGCUUGGAAGCCAGUGUCCUUGAUUUCGGUUUGACUUGUUCCAACCGUGUUCUGCUGCAGUCAUUUUUCACUUGUGCAGAAUGAGGUGGCAUAAUUCUAGAAGUACCAUUCAUACUGCAUUGAUAUUUUUUAAUGCUUCCCCAACAUAAAAAGAGAGAGAACCAGUGUGCUAUAAUGUGUUGUGCUAGGAUUGGGGAGUCCUGGGUUCUAGUCCCCAUUUUGCCAUGAGUUACUUUGGGCUAGUCACUGCCUAACCUACCUCACAGGGUGGUGGUUGUGAGGAUCAAAUGCAAAGGAGGAGGAAGAUCAUGUAGGCCACCUUGGAAGAAAGGCGAGAUAAAAAAAAGUAACAUCCUUUCUGCCUGCAGUGGCACAGUCCAGAACGCUACCGCCUCGUUUUGUGUAAUAUAUACGAACAGCUCUUCGUUCCAAGUAAAAAAAAAUUGGGAGAAAGUGUACCUCCUCUUUAAUGGUUUGCUUUGCAAAUUCAUAUCACAGCAUUCUAGUGUAUGGGUAGAACAAUAAAAAGAAAAUUGAUACAUUGCUUAUUUAUUUCCUACUAAAACAUAAAACAUUAAUAAAAAGAUGCAAAAGGGCAGUGGUUUAUUUCACACUGGUUUUUACUGAACUAUUACGCUUCUUUUUAAAUCAAUACAGUACUGUAAUGUAUAUAACUUGUACAGCUUUUUCCUGAACCCACCCUUUUGGGAAUUGUGUUUUGCUUUUCAUUAACCAAUACUUGACCUUUAGUUCUUAGAGCUUUGUAUGGCAAAAAUAAAAGCUUUUAAUUCUA